AUGGAUGACGUCAUUCGCACUCGCCGCCAGCUGCCCCACGGGCUGUGUAGUCUGGCCGCGGCGCGAGGCACGCCGGGAGCUGUGGUCCCGCCCCCGCCAGGCCUGGCCCCGCCCCGCGCCGCCCGCUCGUCCUUGCCCGCCGCCGCCGCCAUGUUCCGCGCCCGCCGUCUCCUCCUCCGCCUCGCCACCCGCCCGCUGCUGCCGCCGCCCCAUGCCCGCGGCUAUGCCGAGCCCGCCGCCGGGCCGGCCGCCAUGGCCUUCACCUUCGCCUCGCCCACGCAGGUGUUUUACAACGGUGCCAACGUGAAGCAGGUGGAUGUGCCCACUCUGACAGGCUCCUUUGGCAUCCUGGCCUCUCACGUGCCCACCCUGCAGGUCCUCAGACCAGGAGUUGUGACAGUCUAUGCUGAGGACGGCACAGCCACCAAGUACUUUGUGAGCAGCGGCUCCGUCACGGUGAACGCCGACUCCACCGUGCAGGUGCUGGCAGAGGAGGCAGUGACAAUGGACAUGCUGGACCUGGCUACUGCAAAAUCAAACCUGGAGAAGGCAGUUUCAGAGAUGGCUGCAGCGUCUGACGAGGCAGCUAAAGCAGAAGCUCAGAUUAAAGUAGAAGCUAAUGAAGCCCUUGUGAAAGCCCUGGAGUGAUCCAGGAAUCCCACGGCCGGUGCAGAGAAGCCCUUGGGGGUUGUCCUCCGUGUCCUGGCUUCCCCCUCCCCCCCCACACCUUGUGCAGAUGGAGAGGGACAAAGGGAGGAGGAGAGCAGGCUCUGAGCAAUUAAAAGGAGAUGAAAUCCCUGCUGGCAGCACUUU